CGUCAAAGUUGUUUUGUUUAUGUGUCAUAUUUGCCGUUAUUUUUCUGUAUUUAGCUUCAUGAAAAAUGUGUGAUUUCAACGAUAGUGCUUUAAAAUUAACAGUAAAGUGGAAUGGCAAGGAGUUUGAUAUCCCGGAGUUCUCUCCGUCAGAUUCCGUAGCGAUGUUGAAGAUCGCAAUCGAGAAUGCUACAGGCGUCCGUCCGGACCGACAAAAAUUACUCAAUGUCAAAUUCCAGGGCAAAGUGGCGACAGACAACUACACCCUGGCGGAGUUGAACCUCAAACCGAACCUCAAGAUCAUGAUGAUGGGUUCGCUGGAGGAGGCUAUACAGGGUGCGCAGACCAAGCCCGAGGGGGGGGAUGAGGUGGUUAACGAUUUGGAUAUUGAGGAGGAAGAGGUUGAUGUAGAGAAUCAAGAGGUAUACCUAGCAAAAAUAAACAAGCGUGUGAGAGACUACAAGAUCAACAUGCUCAACGAACCUCGACCUAAUAAGAAGCUUCUAGUACUGGAUAUAGACUACACACUGUUUGAUCACAGAUCGGUGGCAGAAACAGGUUACGAACUAAUGCGUCCAUUCCUCCACGAAUUCCUCACCUCCGCCUACGAGGACUAUGACAUAGUGAUCUGGUCGGCGACCGGCAUGAAGUGGAUCGAGGAGAAGAUGAGAUUGCUGGGCGUCUCGACGCACCAGGACUAUAAGAUCAUGUUCUAUCUGGACUACUUGGCCAUGAUCACGGUACAUACGGCCAAGUAUGGUACUAUCGAUGUAAAACCUCUAGGCGUAAUAUGGGGCAAAUACCCCCAAUACAGCUCAAAAAACACCAUAAUGUUCGACGACAUCCGAAGAAACUUCAUCAUGAACCCGAAGAGUGGUCUCAAAAUCCGACCGUUCAGACAAGCACACCUGAACAGAGACAAAGACAGAGAGCUGUUACACUUGUCUACAUAUCUCCGGGACAUUGCCCAAUAUUGUGAUGACUUCGAUACGUUGAAUCAUAAGAAAUGGGAGAAAUAUAAGCCGGACAGGAAGCAUCAUGCGAGUAAGAGGAAAGCGGAGGACAGUGGGCCCGGGACGCCUAAGGAAUGACGGUAGGCGCGUUUAUGUUUUAAAGUAUAAUUUUAAAUGGGAUGUUACAAAAACAGUCUAUCUGGCUGUCAAAGAUUCAUACAACCUUCAAUUCAGUUACCUAUUUACCACAAAACAUUUGGUGCCGUAUAGCACCAUAGCGACUUGUAAUUUGCUUUGCUUUGAGGUUUUAAAUUUAAAAUUGAAUUUUGAUUGUCAUUUCGGACGCGAUAUCGCAUCCGUGGGACUCGAUACUCAGGGGCACGAUUAUUUCUUAGACUUUACACAUCUUACACAAUCAAUAGCCGGAUCCACACAUAGCGAGCAUACACGCGAGAGCGAGCAUGGUCGCUCUGUGUGGACCCGGCUAAUCAAUAUUCGCUUACUAUAGACAAACAUGCAAUGUGUGUACAAUAGCCAUCAGAUAUAUCGAAGCCGAGGUAAAAGAGGCGUGUUCAGAUAUUUUUGAACGUCUUUGCCGCUCCGAUAUAUCUUAUGGCGAUUGUACAUUGUGCUGAAAAUAUGCUGUUUUUGUAAACAUCCAUAAUUAUGGUUUUUGCACCAUAAUAUUUGGUUUAUAUAAUUAUAGAUUGUACGGAAAGCGGUGUUUAGUCAGAAGCUAGAACUCUCUAUUAUACAGUGAGAAUCACAAACAUGUGUACAUUUGCAUUGUUUCGCUUUAAAGGGGACUUAUCGCCUUGCUUUAACGGUGCAGAGCGUUUUAAAUCUUAUGUCGUUUGUAAUAAGGUUGGAAAUGUAUGCAUGUUUAUGGCCUUGACCGGACGUAAACUAAGCACGAAAAAUUUCGUACCCCCAUUUUCUAUCUCCAUCACACACGGCGGUCAAUGCCACUGUGCGAGAGGGAUAUAAUAGGGGGGCAAUGUACGAAAUUCUUCGUGGGUCCUUACUUUAUACUAAACCACUCAAGUUAUAUUUAAGUAUUUGACUGCCGUCAUUUUAAUGCGGAACAUUAUUAUAUUAUACAAAACACCUUUCUAGCGUAAAUAAGUAAUUUAAUAAACUUAUUUUUAUGUAUCGCAAAUUCAUUUUCAUUCUUGUUUCAUUUGAUUUCGUUAAAGAAAAAGUUGAUUUUAAUUAAUUCAAAAAACAUACUUUACAGUACUUUACAGUACAUAUGGGGCUACUUUAUAGCACUAGUGCGAGAAGUAGCAUAUUAUGUUACUGUGUCGAACAUUUAAAGGGCCAUAUGUACUGUAAAACGUUGUACGAUACAUGUGCGAAUAGGUAAUUCGCAACUCGUGUCGAUUUAAAACACUCCCUUCGGUCGUGUUUUAAUUUAUCGCUACUCGUUUCGAAUUUCCUAUUUUUCGCACUUGUAUCGUAAUGUACUAUUAUAGCACUAGUGCGAGAAGUAGCAUAUUACGUUACUGUGUCGAACAUUUAAAGGGCCAUAUGUACUGUAAAACGUUGUACGAUACAUGUGCGAAUAGGUAAUUCGCAACUCGUGUCGAUUUAAAACACUCCCUUCGGUCGUGUUUUAAUUUAUCGCCACUCGUUUCGAAUUUCCUAUUUUUCGCACUUGUAUCGUAAUGUACUAUUUUAAGUAUUUUAACGCAAUAUGAUGCAAUUGAUAUUCUAAAAAAAUGUAAGUAAAUACAUAGGUUAGGACUGAACUGUACAAUUUAAUUGAUUCCAUUACGUGAUGAAAUAUCCACAUAAUUAUACUUGUAGAAUAAUCCAUUAGCAUUUUAAAAACAAUGUAAACAAACCAAACCACGUGACUCAGUAAUUCCGCCAAUGAGACAACUUUUUGUAUUUGUGGAAUUAUAUCGACAUUUGGCAAAUUUGUGUCAACUUGUUUGACCAGACUGCCAUUAAAAAAAAAGAAGAUGUCAGUUGACAAUGCUUCAAACAAAUUAUUAAGAAUUUAAAAAAUCGGUAUAGUUUGUUUACAUACUUUCAAAGAAAAUUUGAAAUAGAGGUGGAAAUUUACUGCAAUCUUUCGAAAUAUGAUUACAACUUUUAGAACGCCAUUCGACUUUGAUCCUUAUUCUUUCACUGAUAUGUGUUAAAUAUCAAAAAGUGGCGCCGUCUAAUAGAUAAGGCCAAAGGUAUAACGGCAUCGUUUCGAGCGAUGGCGCCACAACCUUUAGCCUAUGCCCGGUAAGAUAGAAUCAUUUUUGAUAUUUAACACAUAUAAGUGAAAGAAUAAGGAUCGAAAGUCAAAUGGCGUUCUAAAGGUUUUGAUCAUGUGUCGAAAAAUGGCAGUAAAUUACUGUGACUACAAAAUUUUCUUUGACAAUCCACCUCUAUUUCAAAUUCUCGUUGAUUGUUUAAAAUUCCUUAUGGAAUAUGAUUAUUUUUCGUUACACGAAGAAUUAAAAUUAAAUUGUACAUAACCAAGGCCUUAACUAAAUAGAAAAUAAUAAUUAUGAUAAAGCGUUUGUAGAUUACGAUUAAUGGCUCCUCAAUUCAUUUUAUGUAUGUAACUUAUUUUGUGCAUUUAAUGCGAAUUCUAUUAGUCUGUUCGAACAAGUGCCCGUGUACAUAAUUAUUCAUAAUUAAUAAUAAAUUAAAAGUGCUCUAUAUCUAGUUGGUAGGCAUCUAAAGAGUUACUUGUAUUUAUAAAAUAAAGGAUUUAAAUCUUGAA